UUGGAUUACAUGGAAGGAUAAGGGUAUUUGCCGAUACACACCCGCCUUUUCGGUCGGGUCGAUCACGGCAAGGUACCAUCACAGACGACCUGCAGACAGUCGCUCUCGCGAAGAGUGACCUUCAGCGCUUCGUCAAAGUCUGAACUCUUAUCAUAAGAACCCCGGUCGGUGUGAACGGUUGCACCCCAUCAUGGCUUCCACUCUACUACUACGACAUGCAACCAAAGCAACUCUGACUGGGGGCCCUCUUCGUCUGUUCAGUUCCCAUCCAAACGACCUUCCGCUGAGCGGCAUACGCGUUUUGGAACUGGGACAAGUCAUCGCUGGCCCGUUCUGUGGACAGCUCCUCGGGCAUUUUGGGGCAGAGGUCAUCAAGAUAGAGCCACCCUCUGUAGGGGACCCUCUGAGAGUGUGGCGCGAACUCGACGCUGAUGGUGUUAGUCCGUGGUUCCGGAGUCUAGGCAGAAACAAGAAGAGCGUCGCUAUUGAUCUGAGAAAAGAUGAAGGACGAGAACUUGUGAAGUGGCUAGCGGCCAAGAGCGACGUGGUACUUGAGAAUUUCAAGCCUGGAACACUUGAGAAAUGGGGAUUGGGUCCUUCCGACCUGCAUCCGCUCAAUCCCUCUCUCAUAUUCACUCGAGUUAGUGGGUAUGGUCAGACAGGACCGUGGUCUUCUCGUCCCGGUUAUGCAUCCGUUUGCGAAGCGGAAUCUGGUUUCCGUUACAUCAACGGUCUCGUGGAUCCAAAGACGGAUGGGCAUGCUGGUCCGCCGGUUAGACCAAACAUCAGCUUAGGGGACUCAGUUGCAGGGCUCCAUGCCGCUUUCGGAACCGUCCUGGCGUUGAUGUCACGGGAAAAGUUGGCCUCACUUGGUGAGCAGAAAGGGCAGACCGUUGAUGUUAGCAUCAUGGAGAGCAUGAUGAAUCUAAUGGAAGGUAUAAUUCCAGAGUAUGAUCGGAAAGGAAAGGUCCGUGGGCCAUCGGGGUCUUCUGUUACGGGAAUUGUCCCUACCAAUGCAUACCCUUGUCUCCCCUCGACAUCGACGGGAGAACUCCCAACGUAUAUCAUCAUCGGUGCCAAUGGGGAUACCCUGUACACACGAUUGAUGCGUGCCAUCGGUCGUGAAGAUCUUAUAGGACCGCUUUAUGCCCACAAUCACCAUCGAGUCACUCGCCAAGCAGAAAUCGAGGCAGCCAUCACGGAAUGGACGAGUUCACGUUCUGCCGAAGAAGUCUAUGAGCUAUUGGAAUCAGCGGGUGUGCCCGUUGGGCGGGUUCUCAGCGUAAGAGAAAUUGUAGAUCACGAGCAGGUCAAGGCUCGCGAUGCUGUCGAGGAUGUUUGGGUACAGAAGGAAGAUGGCGGGUGGAAUGUGAAGAUGUCUCGCGUGUUCCCCGUCUUACAAGGUUCAGAUGCCAAGACUAGAUGGGCUGGUCCUGACCUUGGUGCACAUACCGAGGAAGUCAUGAAGGAGGAUCUUGGCUUGGAUUCCGACGAAGUCGCGCGGCUCAAGCGAGAUGGUGUUAUUGGAUGAGUAGAUAAUAUCCAGUGGAGCGUAUGAUCAUCAUGGUUCGUUAAUCGUCCAUGUCGUCUAGCAC